AUGACUGACCUGCAACGUAUUCUGUGGAUAGAUGAAACACAACGACUGGUGACCUUCCAACUCACCACAGUCACAUACGGGCAGAAAUGUUCCCCAUGGCUCUCGCUGAGAGUCCUGCAGCAGCUAGUCAAUGAUGAAGGUCAACGAUUCCCAGCAGCAGUGCCACCGCUAACUAAAGGGCCUUACGUCGACGACAUUUAUGGUGGAGCUGACUCAGAGGAAGAAACAACAGAAAUGAUAACGCAACUUCAACAAAUCUGCCAUGCGGGCGGAUUUCCACUCCAAAAGUGGACGAGCAAUCACCCAGAGAUACUCGAGCAACUCAACUUGUCAACGGGAACGGCAGGUCCAGUGCAAUUCGAAGAGACAAUGAUAAAAACUCUCGGAUUGUGUUGGCAUCCAUCAACGGACUCAUUCCACUACAAAGCAAAGACCUUCAACUCAACGAACUUCACCAAGAGAACACUGUUGUCGGAAAUAGCUCAGAUUUUCGACCCUCUUGGAUUCAUCGCACCAAUCAUAGUUCGAGGAAAAAUAUUAAUCCAAGAACUCUGGUUGCUAAAAUCAACGUGGGAUGAUCAACUGCCACUUGAAUACGUACGACGGUGGAAAGAGUGCAGGGACGAACUCACGCAACUCGACCAGCUCUCCAUCCCCAGAUGGCUGAGCCUAUCUCCAACAAUCACCAACGUACAAAUACAUGGAUUUGCAGACGCAUCGACGGUUGCCAUGGGGGCAGUCGUCUACUUACGAACUCAACGAGGCAACGAAACACCAACAGUCAACUUGAUGUGUGCGAAAACAAGGGUAGCACCUCUGAAGAGAAUGACGAUUCCACGCCUAGAGCUCACCGCAGCCCUCCUGCUGACAAAAAUAGUCAGCUGGACUCAACAAACGUUGGAACUCAACGCAGAGAUAUACCGCUGGUCUGAUUCAUCGGUCGCCUUGGCAUGGAUCAACAGCCAUCCAUCACGAUGGAAGGAGUUCGUUCACAAAAGAGUGACGAAAAUCCAGGAAGAAUUACCAACAGCUGUGUGGAGACAUGUUGGCGGAAUUCACAACCCCGCUGACUGUGCUUCACGUGGCAUAUCACCGACUCAACUCAACGAACAUCACCUGUGGUGGAACGGGCCUGACUGGCUAGCCAAACCGCCAUCAGCCUGGCCACAAAACACAACCAAUACUCCAACGGAGGUCUCACUUGAAGAGAGACCAGCAUCAGCUCACGCAGUGGCUGUUGAAGUUAGACAGCAUCCAUUGGCAGAGUUCCUCAACAGAUACUCCACGUUGUCUAAGGUUCUACAAGUCACAGCAACGAUAAAUCGAGCAAUGCCACGACUUCGCAGACAACCAACGCCAGACACGCCAGUGCUGACAACGAGAGAACUCAACGAAGCGAGGAUCUUCUGGGUAAAGGUAACCCAAAAACAAUACUUUCAAUCGGUGUUGCAGAACCUCAACGAGAACACUCAACUUCCUCGACAACAUCCACUGGCCAAACUGACGCCGAGAAUAGACGACCAAGGAAUUCUACGGCUGGGUGGACGACUGAAAAACUCACUGCUCGAUCCAGACGAAAUUCACCCAGUGAUAUUGCCACGGAAGUCUCGGCUAACAACGUUAAUCAUCAACGAAGCUCACCAGAAAACUCUACACGGAGGAGCACAACUCACCAUGGCCUACAUCAGACAACGAUACUGGAUCGUUGGAGGCAGAAGAUCAGUACAAGCGUUUAUACUGAGCUGCUCUGUCUGCACCAGGUUCAGGGCAACACGAGCACAACAGCUGAUGGGUCAGCUCCCAACGCCGAGAGCAACGCCUUCACGACCAUUCCUGCACACUAGAAUCGAUUAUGCAGGACCUCUUCCAAUUCUAAAGUGGAGGCCAACGAACGCUCAACCAUCAACUGUCCAUAUUGCUGUCUUUGUCUGUUUUAGCACAUCAGCCGUGCACCUAGAGCUGGUCAACAGACAAACAACGGACGCGUUUAUUGCUGCCUACAAAAGAUUCACUGGAAGGCGAGGCAUUCCAGCUGUAAUGUAUAGCGACAACGCCACAACGUUCGAGGGAGCAGCCAACGAACUCAACAGACUGUACAAUCAACAGUCUCCCGAGAACCAACAAAUUAGAGCAGCAUUGGCACACAACGGUACGCAGUGGAAAUUCAUCCCACCAAAAGCCCCUCACUUCGGAGGAAAGUGGGAAGCUGCGGUAAAAUCAACGAAAUACCAUCUACGACGAGUGCUGGGAACCACAACAUUAACUUAUGAAGAGUUAAAUACGGUCCUGGUGCAGAUCGAGGCCUGUCUCAACUCGAGGCCAAUUGUCCCAAUGACGGAUGAUCCUGAUGACCUGCAGGUAUUAACACCAAGGCACUUCCUCAUCGGAGAGCCUCUCCAACUCAUCCCGGAGCCAUCUCAACUCGACGCCAACACAACGAAAAUCACCAGAUGGAAUCUGGUGACGCAAAAACUCAACAAUUCUGGUACAGAUGGUCCAGAGAAUGUCUUCAACGUUAUCAUUCAACGUAUAAAUGGAAUCAACGUCAACGGAACAUCAACGAAGGAGACAUGGUCCUGA